UCUCUUGUGGCCGCGCCCCCCGCAUUAAUGGCGAAGAAGCCUUCUUCUUCUUUCCCUUUCGCGCGGCAUUAACGAAGCAUAAAAACCCCUUCUCUUUCUCCCAUUUUCUUCUUUCUCCAUUUUCGAGCUCUAAUGGCGAGGGCUUUAUCCACAAUCACCUCUACGGCUGGAGGAUUCCAAUGGUGGAAUGAAAUUGAUGAUUCGGAGCAUUGGCAGAAAGGGAUUUACUACACCUUGGCCGCUUCUUAUGCCAUCAUCUCCCUCAUUGCCUUAGUUCAACUUAUUCGGAUUCAAAUAAGAGUACCGGAAUUCGAGUGGACUACACAAAAGGGGUUCCAUUUGAUGAAUUUCAUUGUAAAUGGAUUGAGGGCUAUUCUCUUUGGGCUUUACAAGAGUGUCUUCCUCAUCAAACCGAAGGUUCUUGAAAUGGUGAUUAUGGAGAUUCCUGGACUUCUAUUCUUUUCAACGUACACACUACUUGUUCUAUUUUGGGCAGAGAUAUACCACCAGGCACGAAGUCUUCCUAUUCACAAACUUAAGCCUGCUUACUGUAUCAUCAAUGGAGUUAUGUACAUUAUACAGAUCGGCAUUUGGAUUAUUGUGAUGUUAGAGCAUUCUCCUGGUGCAGUUAUAGUUGCUAAGCUCUUCUUUUCAGUGGUUUCAUUCUCUGCUGCACUGGGUUUCCUGAUAUAUGGUGGGAGGCUAUUUGUCAUGCUGAGGCAGUUCCCAAUUGAAUCCAGAGGACGCCAAAAAAAGUUGUAUGAGGUUGGUUGUGUGACAACGAUUUGUUUUAGCUGUUUCUUUAUACGAUGUUUUGUGCUUGCUCUAUCUGCAUUUGACAAGGAUGCAGACCUUGAUGUCCUAGAUCAUCCCAUUCUCAACCUGAUAUACUACAUGUUGGUAGAGGUUGUUCCGUCGGCACUGGUUCUGUUUAUACUGAGAAAACUUCCUCCGAGGCGUAUAUCUGAUCGAUACCACCCCAUUGAGUAAAGCUCUCAACAAUAGAUGGCAUUUUAUCUUUAGGACUUUGAUUAGAGAGCUGGUUUUCUCUAUAUCUACAAUCUGCUAUUACAAUCCCUUCUAAUUGAAUCUAAAAGUAGUUCUAUCAGCUGAAAACAAAACAUGGCCAAGAGAAUACAUCUUUUGCGAACAUGCUGCUGCACAGUUGGUAUAGUUUCUUACAUCAACAUUGGAUUUCUGUACUGUGAAAAGAAAACUUCCUCCGAGACGUGUACCUGACCGGUAUCACCCCACAGAAUGAAGCUCUAGACAAUUUCUGGUCAGCAGAACUUACCAUUCUAACUAUGUAUUUACAACAGAUACACUCUACUGAAUGAAGCUUCUUGACAAUUUCUGGUCAGCAGAACUUUCGCUUUCA